AUGAACAGACAACUGCAGCUGAAUACGUCCAAUCUGGGCUCCAAUCCGAGAUACUCUUAUAUGGAAACUCCGUUAGAGAUGCAUGCUCCAGGAAGCCGACUAAGAGACGAGAUCACACCUCCAGCGGCCACAACGAACACCCAGUCAACAGAAUCACAGACUGUCAUGGAGCACUUUCAACCACCGGUGAAUGAGAAGUCGCAACAAUACCAGCAAGACAUGGCCGUUCAAGGCUAUCCCUGCGGACCAAAUCUCGAACAACAUCCAGCCAACUAUGCGCCGUACGCGGAUGAGAUCCAACAAGUCCAGCAGAAUCCGAAAGUGCCUGAAUACUCUUACGCACAGCCUCCACAAUCCCCGGGCCCUCUUCCAGUCAAAAAAGACCUGGAAAUGUCAGAACCGUUACCAAAUAAACAGCCUAUGGCUGUUGUACCAGACACGAAUCCUUUACAUUCGCCUCAAUUACCCCAAUUUCCCCCUCCAGUCGCCCAUGGGGCGCCAGCGACACCUGCAGGAUUUGACCUUAUGGCAUAUCAUCGGCCGGGUCAAAUAACGCAUCCUGAUCUCGAGAUUAAAGGCGGAUCGUGGCGCACUAGCAUGUGCGGCUGCUAUGAUGUUGGGUCAUGCUGUCUCGGACUACUCUGUCCAUGCAUCCUAUUCGGAAAAACGCAAUAUCGACUUUCUAUGAAGUCAAGGAGUGAAGACCCAACCAAUAUGCUCGGGUAUGAAACGUGUAAUAGCUCCUGCACCGCUAUGGCUCUGGCCUGUGGGUGUCAAUGUUUUCUGGCAACAUUUCAGCGCCGUCGAACGCGAAAAGCCUAUAAGAUCGAAGGGGAUAUUGUCUCCGACUGCGUUCGAGCUACGUGCUGCACAUGCUGUACGCUCAUCCAAAACGAGGUCGAGAUCAAGAAACGGGAAGAAGAACGCGGGAGAUAUGCUAGUGCCACGGGGGCAGCGUUAGUAUCACCAUACCUGCCUCCGACGCAGAUGUCGUACGGACCACCUCCGAGGUGA